AUGGAUCGUCAACUGAUCAACGAUUCAGAGGGUGAACUCGAUGACUCAAUGGAGUCUUCAGGACGACUCAGUUUUAUGAAUCCUUUCAAAACAAGGGAUUCUUUGAACAAUUCUUCACCGGAGUCUGGUGACAGUAGCCCAACAUCUCCGACGGUUGAGAUAGGCGAAGACCCUUUCCGAACUUUGACUGCCUUUUCCGGCGUGUUUGCUCCCGUCGCUUUAUCAAUGUUUAGUGCUAUUCUUUUCCUUCGACUAGGCUUUAUCUUGGGAAACUCUGGACUGUAUCUCACAGUUGUUGAAUUGCUCCUCGCCUACAUUAUCCUCUUCUUUACGGUGCUGAGUGUUUGUGCAAUUGCAACAAAUGGAGCCAUUCAAGGCGGCGGAGUUUACUACAUGAUAAGCCGAGCUCUUGGACCUGAGUUUGGUGGCAGUGUGGGAACUCUCUUCUUCAUUGCCAACGUCUUUUCAAGUGCUCUCUACCUGACUGGCUGCGUGGAGGGCAUUAUCAACAAUUUUGGACCAUCAGGCGGAAUAGUUUCCUUUCUGCCCUCCAACUACUGGUAUUCUAUCAUCUAUGGCUCAAGUUUGAACUUUCUCAACGUCAUCAUCUGUUUGGUUGGCGCCGGACUGUUUGCCAAGACCUCAGUAAUUGUCUUCUUUGUCGUGAUGAUUUGCACUGGCUCUGUGAUAGUGAGUUUCGUUUCUCGUUACGACUUGCUUGUUUCCAUACCCGAAGAAAACGUAAACUUCAACACAACUUUUAACCGGAAUACCACUGAUUUCAGUGGGUUCAGUUUGGACACAUUUUACAAUAACUUGAUGCCAAAUUUUACUCUGGACUAUACUACCGACUACCGACAAACUUCUUUUCCUGUCGUAUUUGGAGUUUUGUUUAGCGGCGUUACCGGAAUUAUGGCCGGUGCCAACAUCUCCGGAGAACUGAAAGAUCCAGCUGAAUCAAUUCCAAAAGGCACAAUUCGGGCUGUCAUCUUUACCUUUAUCACAUAUCUGAUUUUGUUCACCCUUACUGCAUUCACUUGCCCUCGAGAACUGUUGCAGAACAACUUUCUGUAUAUGCAGUCAGUCAACUACGCUCCAGUAUUAGUAGCCAUUGGCAUUUUUGCAGCCACCUUCUCAGCUUCGUUGAGCAACUUGAUUGGCGCCUCUCGUGUUCUGGAAGCACUUUCACGAGACAAACUCUUUGGCUCUCUUCUCAAUCCAGUCAUGAAGUACCAUCGUCCGGGGAACCCCGUGGUCGCAGUUCUCUUCACCUGGCUUCUUAUUCAGUGUAUUAUCUUUGUGAACAAGUUGAACUUGAUAGCACAAAUUACUUCGGUCUUCUUUCUCCUCUCCUACUUUGCCACCAACUUGGCCUGUCUCUGCUUAACGCUCACUUCGGCACCCAACUUUCGCCCCACCUUCAAGUACUUCACCUGGAAGACGGCAACCAUUGGCAUCAUUGGCUGCCUCGUGAUGAUGUUUGUCAUAAACAGUGUCUACGCGGCUGUCACCAUUCUUCUCUGCUUUUUACUGGUCAUUUUGCUGCACAUUCGCUCGCCGCCUCUUCGCUGGGGAUCUAUAACUCAGGCGCUCAUUUUUCAUCAGGUGCGCAAAUACUUGCUCGUGCUGGAUAGCAGAAAAAACCACGUCAAGUACUGGCGACCGCACAUUUUGCUAAUGGUGUCUAACCCGCGAUCUUCAAUUCCACUUAUUCGAUUUGUAAAUGAUCUAAAGAAGAGCGGCCUUUUCAUCAUUGGUCACGUUAAGUUAGGCUCACUGGACAACUACACGGUAGACCCCAUCAUGGAUGAGUAUCCAAUGUGGCUGAAGCUUUUGGACAUGCUUGCGGUGAAGGCUUUCUUUGAAGUGACGUUGGCGCCUACGGUUCGUGAAGGAUUCGGUCACCUAGUACGCAUCAGUGGUCUGGGAGCAAUGAAAGCGAAUACAGUCAUAUUUGGAUUUUAUGACAAAGAAGAGCAGGUGGACUUUUUUCAUAAUGAUCCCAGCUAUGAGCUCAUUAGAAACAGUGUUAUGAAUGAGACGGAAUUUCUCAAGCUGCGAAAUGAAAAUCAACGAAACAUCUCCGCAGAAGACUAUGUCGCUCUUAUCCAUGAAGCUAUUUUCAAAUUUCAGAAAAAUGUUUGCAUUGGACGGUACUUUAACAAAUUUCAACGG